AUCGGGGCUUAAAUCACAUGUUUUUGUUGGUAAACACAACUGAAUGGAUGGUUAAGUGAUGUCUUAGAUUAGACCCGAUUGUGAUCAAGACAUGGAAGGAAUGGACGAUAUAUUGAAUGCCUUACAGAGAGUGGAGGAAUGCGCUGAAGAUAUCCUUCGCACCAAACAAGAGAUCAUUGAUUUGAACGCAAAGGCGAACCAAACGAGAGAAGCGUUGAAUGCGCUGAAGACCUAUACCACAGAUUCAAAGAAGUUGUGGUUAUGUUUUGGCAACUCUUUCAUCAAAACGAGUGUCGGUUCCGCCAGAAGUGUGAUCACUGAAGACCAAAACCAAGUGACCAAACGGAUCAAUGAACUCAGGGAUGAGUUGAAGCCAAAAGUGGAUCAAUUGAAUCAAUUGGAGGGCAAACCACAGCUCAAAGGAUUCAAUUUGAAAGCACUCGACAAACAAGAGCUCAAAGCCAUGAAUCAAUUGCUUUGAGUCAGCGAUCAAUCAUUUGUUUCAAUAGAUUUCAUUAUAUUUAUGUAAAUACUUAACAAACAAUUUGUAAAUUAUGUCA